AAUUAGUAUACGUUAUUUCUUAUCAGUCCCGAUACAUCUGUUAUUGACAAAGAUUAACAAAACAUGGAGCCGUUACUAGCGGCAUGCCUCGUCCUACCACUGUUAGUUGGUGGACAGUCUCUCACUCCGUCGGAGUUUGAGGCACGUGUUGACGAUACACUAAGUAAAGUGUUAAAAUGCCACCCUCAGAACCCGGGUCUGACGGUCAGCGUGGUAAAGGAUGGUCGGCUGUUGUUCGCUAGGGGAUACGGUGUUACUGAUGUCUCGACUAACACCCCUGUCACCAACGAAACUCUGUUCCAAAUCGCGUCUGCUUCAAAGGCUUUUGCUGCAACUCUUCUCGUGAAACAAUUGGAGAGACAUUCCAACCUAAGUAUUUACACCAAAGUGAAGGAUUUGAUGGAGCCUGGUUUCGGUUUUUCUACACACAUAAGGACCACUAAUGCUGACUUGCGAGAUCUAAUGGCUCAUACUCUCGCCCUCCCUAGCAACAGCUACCUGAGAUUCGAUUCAAACCUGACACGCGAAAACCUUCAGAGGCGGAUGCCCUACAUUAAGUCGGUACACCCAUUUCGGACAAGUUUCGUCUAUAGUAACCUGAACUACGCCUUAGUUACCUAUAUAUCGGAGAAGCUUGGCGGAAAAAGUUGGGAAGACUUGAUACAUGAAGAACUAUUCCAGCCGCUGGGAAUGGACAGUUCCACGUUUGCAUCAACUACUCCAGACUUUUCCAAGGUAGCUACUGGAUACAGAAAUGGUCCAGGAUCCCGACUCGUCCCAGUAUCGCAUACACUGACCCGCAAGUGGGCGAUAUGGGCAGGGUCUAAUAGUGUCUUGACUAAUGGAAUUGACUAUGCUAAGUGGAUGAAUUUUCACCUCAACGAUGGCAAAGACAAAUCAGGACUUCCUUUGUUAAACGCAAAGUCGUUUGCAUACCUUCAUGCACCACAUAAUCUGAUCACAUCGACGGGAAGGUACUUCCGGCAACCGCUGGUUCCGGUGACCACUGCUGAUACAAGCUACGCGUUUGGCUGGAAGAACGGUUACUAUAGAGGUAAUCGAAUUCUACGUCAUACCGGCACUACCUUCGGUUACAGUUCAUUGGUGACCCUUUUCCCAGAUCUUAACCUCGGUGUAUUUACUUCAAUGACUGGGCAGGAUGAACAUUACAUCUUAAGACACCUGCUGCACAAUUUUCUCUCAGAUAAUUUGCUAGGUGUAACGCCAUGGCUAAACGCAACAACAAUGUGCAGUUUUCCAAAUCCCUGGUACUCCUCUAUUUCUUAUUCCCACUACGUCAUCAUAGACCGGACUGUCUCAGCAUCGCGCCCUCUAUCGGAGUACGUUGGUAUUUAUCAUAAUGACGCUUAUGGAGAAGUUCGUGUCACAAUGGAAGGGAAUGACCAUCUAGUAUUAAACUACGGAGUCGCUUCCUGGAAACUUUGGCCAAAACACAGUCACGACCAGUUUCAAGGAGAGGGACAAGGGAUGCUGUUCGAAACACUUGACAUUCAUCAAAUCAAGUUCCAUUCUAGUCACUCAAAAAUCAUUUCUGUGGAAAUUAUUACCUUCCAGUCUAAUGCGCCACCGACCUUUACAAAGAUGUCCUCCAAUCAACCUAUCAGCUCGGUGCUAGGAUAACAACGCUAGCAUAUAUUAUGUGUUCUUUCGUAUCAACCAUGUUUUCGGAAAUAUUCGAUUUUU